GGGCAAUACCAGUCCGGAGCGGAUACAAACAUCGUCUCCGUAUGAAGUCUCACCAUCCGCAAUCCCCAUCGAAGCCAUGCUGCUUCUGCUUCUAGUGGGGACGGUAUUAUGCCGGCCGGCUGACGGCUUUCUUAAGACCUUUAGCCGGGGACCUCUUCUGGAUGAGGACCCCUGCUAUGACGAUGGGGGCAAACCCCAUCGUUGCAUUCCAGAUUUUGUCAAUGCUGCCUUUGGUAAGGUAGUGGAGACUACUAGUUCUUGUGGUGAUCCGCCAAUGAAAUAUUGCCGGAUGGACAGUGAGUCCGGCAGUGUUAAAUGUCACGUGUGCGAUGCUUCCAGUCCUCACUCGGCAGAGUACUUGACAGAUUUGCACAAUCCGAGUAAUGUCACUUGCUGGACAUCCAAACCUAACCUCACAGAAGUGGUCAAUCUGACCCUCAGUUUGGGGAAGAAAUAUGAGCUCACAUAUAUCAGCCUACAAUUCUGUGGGCUUAAACCCGAUUCAAUGGCAAUCUAUAAAAGCAUGAACUAUGGUGAAACAUGGUUGCCAUUUCAGUUCUAUUCAACUCAGUGCCGCAAAAUUUUUGGCAGGGUACCCAAUGUCCCCUUAACUAGAUCUAAUGAGCAAGAACCGCUUUGUGCUGACGCUCGGUCCAGUAUUGAACCGGCCACAGGUGGCCGAGUGGCCUUCAGCACUCUAGAAGGCAGGCCUUCUGCUUAUGAUUUUGAUAAUAGUCCAGUGUUACAGGACUGGAUAACAGCAACUGACAUUCGCAUAGUACUGGUUCGAAUAAAGCCUUGGACUCUAGGGGGCAGUGCUUCCAAUGAAACAGAGUUAAAUUUUUAUAGCAUGUCUGAUUUAGCAAUUGGAGGCCGUUGCAAAUGUAAUGGCCAUGCGUCUCGUUGUAUUACAGACACUGACGGCUCACUAAUUUGUGACUGCAAGCACAACACUGCAGGAAAAGACUGCGAAAAAUGCAAACCUUUUCAUUUUGACCGCCCGUGGAGUAGGGCCACUGCGCACAAUGUCCACGAAUGCGUGGGUGAGUACUGAUCAAGUUUUUAAAUUAUUGUUAAAUACUGAUGUAAGAAAAAUGAGAUUUUACAGUUACAGAUAUUUAUUUACUUUUAGGCAAGCCUUUAUAGAAAUUUCUAGGUUUUUUUU